AUGUUGUACCGAAGUGACGAAGUGGUGAAAGAUCGUCAUGAGAUCACGUUGCACAGUUGCCAAUCAUGCAAUCGUCCGGAUGCGGUGGAAUCGGACAUGGUAGAAUGCAGUACGUGCAAGCUAUGGGAGCAUUUUGGCUGCGCGGGUAUUGAUCAAAGGAUCAAGCAAGCGGAUCGCCGAUACCAUUGCAAAAUAUGUUGCUCCAAGCUAGGAGCAAUUAGCAAGCAGCUACCGCUUCCCGCAGCAGAUCGCCCUAUUCGAAGCACACGGGCUAGUUCGAAAAGGAGCCAACAAGAUCCGACAACGGCGGCAAGUGUUACGUCGAGCGUUCGUGCAGCAAUUCUGGAGGCCCAGCUGAAGAAUGCGGAAGAAGAACUACGACGACGGGAACACGAUUUGAUGGAGCAAGCCGAAAUAAAGAAGAGGGAACUGGAAGAAUCGGAACGCCAGCUGGAGGAGAAGAAAAAGUUAGCAGAAGAAGAAAGAAGUCUACGUGAAAGAAAAUUGAAGGAGGAAAAGGAAUUAAAGGCCAUGCAGUCGCAGUUGAGGAAGGAAUCCAUGGAAAAGCGGCAGGAAAUCAUUCGGCAAGCAGCUUUGAAUAGCAGUAGAGGUGGGUCCAUUCCGGAGUCUUUCCAAAAGGUAUCGGACUGGCUGGAAGAGCACACGGGUGCUGGAGGAUUAGAGGGAAAUCCAGUGGAAGACAAUAACGUCAAUCCCCACUCUAACAAGUUUCCUAUUAACCUAGCACAGCAAGUUGGGGGACGAAAUCCGUUGAUAAGUGGAAAUUCAUCUCGACGACCAGCAGCUUUACCCCCUCAACCAAUAACCCAUUUAACUCCACUUCACUCUGGUGAAUCACCAAUUCCUGCACCUCAAGAACAUCCGAAUCGGAGCCCGGUUGGUUUCAACCUGAACGAUCAACGACCCAGACAGAUAGGUUGGUCGAUUUCGAAUCCUGUCGUGCUUACACAGCAACACAUUGCUGCACGGCAAGUACUGGGCAAAGAGUUGCCAGUGUUGGAAUAUCAACGAAGAGAAAAUACAAACGUGUUAACUUUGUAA